UUCAGAUUCCUAGGAUUUCCCUUGAUAGAAUGCCUUUUUUAUUCAAUAGCGCCUAAAAAAGUCGUAGAAGUACUUGUUUUAUAUGCUGGGUCUGAUUUUCUGCUCGCACGUUUCAUUAAUUCAUUCAGGGUGCAGCUUCAUAUCAAUGUGCGAUUCUUCUUCCUUGUAUUCUAUUCUAUGAAAAUUAACUCGUCAAUUCAUUUCUUUUGAAAAUAUCGACGACAAUUUGCUUUGUUUACUUCGAAUCUCGUUUCUUUGGGUUAGCCAAAUACAGUCGUCUUUCUAGAAGGAAAUUGAUGAUGUCCUUUCAUUUUUCCUUUCCGAAAAUUGAAUUUCAACGUAUUCUUACAUGUCUACUUCGACAAUGGCAACUACACUUUCUCCUGUUCCUAUUUACUUUCACAAACCUUUUUCUUAUCCGUUGUAUAUUCCAACCAAAGUUCCUAUCCAAGAAAGUCAGAAGAGUCUUUUCAAAACAUAGAUUUAUAGAAAUUUCCCAGAUCUUUCUUUCUUGUAUCGCUUGCGUUCUUUCAUUGUGGAUCCACCCGACGACGCCCUGGUUUCCUCUUCAAGUAUUGCUUCAUAUAGAGUUAUUUUGCUUUUACGUUAUUUCAUCAAGGGAUCAUUUACAAGCCCCCCUGUUCUGCAAUUUAAGCAUACUUUAUUGUUUCAGUCUGUUUACAUUUUCUGUUUUAAACGUCGAUUAUUUGUCUCGCUUUGCAAGUGAACAACUACAAUUAUCAACUUUUCCUCGAUUACUGAAUAUUUUCGGUAACCAUAUUCAUGUUUCUUAUAUAGCGGUUUUGUUUCUUCUGAAUCUCUUCCCAUUAUUCACUCCUCGAGUAUGGUAUCCAAUUCGACCAAAUGUUCUUCCUGACAUCCCUUCUACCGAACAAACAUGCUCCUUAUUUUCAUUAAUAUUUACCUAUGGAUGGCUUAAUAAUAUUAUCUGGAAGGCUUGGAAAAGCCCUGUCUCCCUUGCAGAUAUGCCUGCGUUGCCUAAUACAGAUCAAACUUUAAUAUGGUUUUCGGUUUUCCAAAAAUAUCGGAAAAAGGGACUUUUAACCAUGGUCUUGUGCUCAUUGCGAUCGAAUAUUCUUUGCCUUGUUUUGCUUUCUGUAAUUGUCAGCUUGACUACUUUUAUUUCUCCGUAUGCUAUAAAAAAUUUACUUCAGUAUCUUCAAAAUCAUCAAGAUGACUCCUCAAACUAUCCAAUUCAUUUGCUUUUGAUGCUAUUAUUUGGGCCGUACGUUGCUUCUGUCAUUAAAGAAUACAGCGUUCAUAUCUCAAGACGGUUUAUGCUGCGUACUAAGGCAGGCAUAUCCCAGUUAAUUUAUGAAAAGGUAAUCCAUUCCAAGAUUUCCCAGAUUACCAUGGAUGGUUCGCAAGCUAAUAUAGAUCAUAUAUAUAAUCUGCUUGCUUCGGAUGUCGACAACAUUGCUAACAUGAGGGAAUUCAUUGGUUUUAUUGUCCGAGGUCCUAUUGAUGUAGGAAUAGCAAUGUUUUUCUUAUACCAGUUACUCGGCUGGAGUGCUUACGUUGGUGUACUUUUGGCAAUUGUUAGCGCUCUUCUUCCUCUUUUGAUAUCCUCCAAGUUAGCCGAGCUUACUUCUAUAUCUAAUCGUUCCAGUGAUGAUAGAAUUCGAUUUACUACAGAAGUUUUGCGGAGUAUCAAAGUUACAAAGUUCUUUGGUUGGGAAAAGCCAAUGCUCCAAAGGAUUCAACAAAAACGCAAUAGUGAGAUAGCAAAUAUUUGGAAGUUAAAUCUUUUUGAUAUUACUUUUAAAAGCUGUAUGAAAAUUGCCCCUUUUCUAAGUAUGUUUAUAACAUUUGCAACGUUCACGAAAAUAAUGGAAAGGGAAUUGUCCCCUUCCAUAGCUUUUACUUCUAUUUCCCUUUUCUCUGUACUUCGGAAUCAAUUUAUAACUCUUUCAGGUAUACUUCGACAAAUGAUUCAGUUUCGUGUUUCUCUUAAUCGCAUUAGUUUGUUCUUGGCGAAGGGUAUAGAACCAGAGCAAAAUCCGCUCGACUUUGAAGGGAUUUCAUUCAGGCAUGCUUCCCUAUCUUGGUGUCCAUUUCCUUCUUCUGCUCAAUUCCAGCUUCGAGAUUUGAAUUUUACGAUUCCACGUAGUCAAUUUACGUUGGUUGUAGGAGCUACAGGUUCUGGGAAGUCAACACUAGCUGCUGCCAUCCUCGGUGAAUUGCAUCUCACGAGCGGCGAAAUGAAUGUUCCUUUGAGGGAGGAAUGUGUUGGGUAUGUCCCCCAAACAUCCUGGCUUAGGAAUGACACCAUCCGUGCUAAUAUUCUUUUCGGUGAAACCUUUGAUGAAUAUAGAUAUUAUAAAGUAAUUGAGGCUUGUUGUUUAGAAGUGGAUUUCGAAAGGCUACAAGCGGGUGAUUUAACUUUUGUCCAGUCAAAUGGAUUCAGCCUUUCUGGUGGACAAAAGCAACGGAUUUCGCUAGCCCGUGCUUUGUAUUCGAAUGCCAAUGUUUAUAUCUUUGAUGAUAUUUUUUCAGCUCUAGAUAUUGCAACUUCGAAGAAAGUUUACAAAAAUUGCUUUGAUUCUGGGCUCUUAAAAGGAAAAACAGUAAUCUUGUUUACUCAUAAUAUCAAUAUGUGUCUUUCUAUAGCAGAUAUUGUCAUCUUGCUGGAGAAUGCUACAGCUAAACUUUUACCUUCGAAAGAAGUAAAACAGCAGCUUCCUUCUAGCCUUUUUUCCCAAAAUAAUGACAAUAGUCAUUAUUCUUCGCAAACCACCUUUUUGUCUGAUCCUUACGAGAAUUUCCAUGAAGAAAAUCUCGUAUCUUCAGAAGAGGAAAUCUCACCAGAAGUUUCUAAUGCGAUUAAGCCGAGUCUUCCUUCCUUAGCGUUUCAGUAUAUGCGAUGCUUUGGAUCCACAUCUUUUCUUACCCUUUGUGCGUUGUUUGUAGUAUUAACUCAGGUGAUGAUAGCAUGCAUAGACUUUUGGAUGGCCUUAUGGUCCGGUCAAUCUCAUAAAGGACUGAUGCUUCCUUUUCCAAUGUCUUUCCUGCAGGGGUAUGCAUUUCUCUUAAUAUUUUACUUCUUUAUAGAUUUAAUACGUGGAAUAUUUUUUUCAACCGGAGGCCGUAAAGCUAGCAGAUCUAUUCAUGAACGGGUCUCAGAACAUGUUUUUUGUAGUCCACUACAAUGGUUUGAGAAAACCGCAAUAGGAAGAGUCAUAAACAGAUUUUCAAAGGAUAUAUCUUCUGUGGAUAACUAUUUAUGGGUUUCGAUUGAAAAUAUUUUAUGCUGUUUAAUGGCAUUGUUAGUGGGCCUUGGAAAUGUUACAAUUGUUAUGCCCGUAUUUAUUGCUCCAGCCAUUUUUGUUUGCAUAGUUGUAUAUGGAUUUGCGUAUGUUUAUUCAAAGGCGCAAAAACAGCUUACUGCUUGUUCUUCUUCCCAAAUAUCGCCUGUGUUUAGCUUGUUAGGUGAAACUCUUUCUGGAUUAACUGUUAUUCGUGCAUUUCGAAAGGAAGAAGCGUUUGAAAUAGAGAACAUGGCUGUCCUUGACAAUAUGCUUCAGUCCCAGUUCGUUUCGUAUGCGAUUAACCGCUGGCUAGCGAUUCGUACUGAUGGCAUUAGCGGCUUGGUUGGAUUUCUUACAGCGUUUAUUGCUUUAUGGAAGCAGAACAUACCUACAGAACUUGUUGGGUUUUCUCUGAACAGUGCAGUUGGACUUAAUCUUUGCGUUUUGGUUUUUGUUCGAGCUAGUAAUGAGUUGAUUACACAUCUGAAUAGUUAUCGAAGACUUAAUGACUAUAUUAAUCUUCCUCUGGAGGAGGAUUCGACCGCAUGCCACUCCCAUUCGCAGGAUGAUGAAUGGCCCAGAUUGGGGUCUCUAAAUGUGCAGGAAUUGACAGUUCAAUAUGGCAUGAAUUCGCCCCCGGUACUUGAAGGGGUAACUUUUGAGGUUGUGCCAAAGGAAAAGCUUGCCAUCGUGGGACGAACAGGAAGUGGUAAAAGCACCUUGGGAUUGAGCUUACUUCGAUUUACAAAUCAAACAAGAGGGAACAUAGAAAUUGACGGUGUCGAUGUAAAUACACUACAAUUAGAGACUCUUCGCCAGCGAGUAAGCCUCAUUCCGCAAGAUCCUGUCUUGAUUUCAGGAACAGUUCGGAGCAAUUUGGAUCCAUUCGAAUAUGUGAGUGAUGAAGAACUAAACGCUGUACUGAAAGUAACGUCUUGUGAGACUUUGGUGACAUCGGCUUCAGGAAGUGCGGGAUCGUCGUUUGCGAUUCACUUGGACACUCCUGUAGAAACGGGUGGUACCAAUUUUUCACAAGGACAAAGACAGAUUUUGGCGCUUGCUAGAGCGCUUGUUCGAAAGUCUCGCAUCAUUAUUUUGGACGAAAGUACAGCUUCAGUUGACGACGCUACAGACCGCCGAAUUCAAGAGAUGUUAAGGGUCGUUUUCCGGGACGCAACUGUGUUGUGCAUUGCACAUAGAAUCAAAACGGUAUUAGAUUAUGACAAGAUCUUGGUUCUAGACUCAGGAAAAGUAAUAGAAUACGGAUCUCCGAAGUCACUGUUUUUGAAGCGUGGUUCUUUUUGGAAAAUGUGUCAACAAAGUCAAAUAUCGCUAUAAUUAAUGAUUGUUUGAUUACGAGCCACUCAUAUGAAAUAAAAAUAGAAUACUUUUAAAGGGAAUAUCUUUGAAAGGACUGCUGCUGACAACCAGAAAGGUCAUUCAUAACCAAUUUUAGCAUUUAAGAUAAUUAGAAUUAGAAUAUCGUUAAUUAACAAGGAUCAUAUAUGAAAGGA